CAUGAUUCUGAAAUGUAUUCUGCGCAUGCGUACUUUGAUGUUGGUGGUGUUGGUAAGCAAGUACAAACUCUUGCAAAAGAAAUUAAAAGGUUGUUAAAGGGAAGGAUAUCACAUUAGCUUGGACGUAAAGCUCUAAUGUCAAUACCCUCCUUUGAAGAACUAAGUUUGAAAGAUGAAGACUGUCUUUCACCUAUUGAGUCACAAGCCACAGACACCGAGUCUGACCAAGAAUUGGAGUCCGAUGGGAAAAAGAAAUUCAUCAAACACAUGUCUGUUGCUGAGGUGUACAUGGAGGCCUGCAAACUGGUGGGUGUGGUUCCAGUUUCCCACUUCAUUCGAAACUAUAGCUCCCCAACAAUGACACUCACCUACAAUGGCCUCGGACCGUUAGGUUGCAAAGCACUCGCUAUUGCUUUGGUGUCUGAUGCGCACAUCAGGACUCUUGAGCUGGCCUAUAAUGAUAUUCAAGCUGAGGGGGUCAAAUAUCUGGCAGAGCUGCUGAGGGCUAAUUUUACCAUCCAGCAUCUGGAUUUAUCCAACAAUCAUGUGAAAUCUGAAGGAGCUGAGCAUGUAGCUAAGAUGUUGAUGGACAGCAUUUCUUUAAAGUCCAUUAAACUUUCAGGAAAUGGAUUCGCAGAUGAUGAUGCUAAGCAUUUUACAGAAGCACUGUCAACCAAUUCCAGAAUAAAGGAUCUGGACCUGAGUCAUAAUAAGUUUUGUGGAAAAGGAGGAGAAUAUCUGGGACAGCUGCUGGCAAACAACGAAGGCGUGGAAGUUCUGGAUCUCAGCUGGAAUCACCUUAGAAUGAAAGGGGCUGUGGCUUUUUCUGCUGGUCUUAAGGUGAAUACGAUGCUGAAACAUCUUGACUUAUCGUGGAACGGUUUUGGAAAUGAGGGAGCCUUAGCCAUGGGAGAGGCCCUAAAAUUCAACAACACUCUGGUGCAUCUAAAUCUCAGCAACAACUGCAUCACCAAUGAAGGAGUCAGUAUGCUCUGCAGAGGUCUGGAUUACAAUGAAACGCUACGAGUCCUCCUGCUGGCUUAUAACGCUGUAACAGUAGAGGGAGCUCUUGCCCUGGUAAAUGUGGUGAAGAACACACCAAAAACGGCUCUGGAGCAGAUCAACAUAUGUAAUGUUCUGGUGAAUGAGAACUUUGUGAAUCUUUUGGAACUGACGUGUCAGGAGCAUCCUGGUUUGGAUGUGCAGUAUGAAGGGGUCGGAGGUUUUGUAGCUCAAAAACCACCCAAACGCAUUGAUCCAAUGAAAGUCAUUCAGGAUUAUCUUGAUAAACGUAAACUGCGUUUAUGGGACUUCUUUCGGAAUAUUGACAAAGAUGGCACCAUGCGAGUACCUGUCACUGACUUCAGGAAAGCAGUUCAGCAAUCAAGCAUUCCUUUGAGUCGAUUUCAGAUCGAGGAGCUGAUUCACAGACUUGAUCGGGGCCGAACGGGAAUGGUAGAUUACAGGGGACUAGCAGAUACAAGAAAACAGAUGGUGAGAGAUCACCGUCGUCAGCUGAAGAAGGUGGAGUCCCGCCAGAAGAAAGAAAAGCAGAAGAGUGACCGUAUACUGAAGACCUUCCAGACGGCAGUGGAAGCUGUCACACCUCACAGCUCCAUGAUCUUCUCCCCAGGAGGCGCCAAGGAAGAUUCAGGUGGCCCCCAGCCCUUUUCUGCUACCCCUCUCAGUUCCUGGCACCACAUCGUCAUGUCAAACAGCAGUCGCUACUCUGUCACUAAUAUGAGCGGCGACCAUGUUCAUCUGCCCAUGUUGGGAGGAACCUCCCCUUACCGUCCCACCAGUUCUCCAGCGAUGCGGUCCUACUCUCAGCCCAACCUCCUGGUUGCCUCCCCCAACUCUCCAACAAGCAAAUCCAUCUCUGCUCAGGGCGUUCGCUCCGAUCUAGAGACGGAUUACAGCAAGCUAAGUCCUACUGGCAACAGCCUGACCAGGUCCAGGCCUGCUCUAAACACACAGCAGCUAGAGAGUAAGGCAAAAACUACGAAAUUAAAGAAACGAAAAGUGAAGAAGCACGGUGUGAAAGACUCACAGAAUCCAACAAAAAGCAUCAAGUAACACUGGCUGUGUAAUAAUAAAAAAGAAAAAUUUGCAUUGUACAAUGUAGUGUGAAUGC